GUGUGUGUGAUGAACAGGAGAACAGCCCUGCAGCUAUAUGGAAUUCCUACGCAGAGACAACUUGUCUCAGCCUGGCCAGCCAUCUCUCACACACACGCACACACCAAACACACACACAUAUACAUGGAGAGAGAGAGAGAGAGACUAUGAAAAUGCACAUCAAGGCUGAACUGGGACAAAUUUAUCCAGCCAGGGCAAGAACACACUUGUCCCAUCCAUGCUCACUGAGGAAUGAGGCGGCCUGCUACGACCUGCCCUGAGAAUGGUGAAAAGACAGAGAAAGAGAGAGAGAGAGAGAGAGGGGGGGAGGACACAGUGAGAGCUAAGCAGAUACAGAAGCUAUAGUAAAGAAGCUGCACACACUCCCUGGGAACACGGCAGUUUCACUGAUCGUUCACCUGGUCUUCUGUGAGACGCAGAAGAGGCGACAAACAGGUGUACGUGUGUGUAAAUGUGUGACAGCGGAGUGUGUGAGGACAAGCCCCCCGCCCCCCCUGUCAGGAUGAGCAGCCAAGGAGGAGGAGCCAAGGACCCCCAGUCAACCAAUCACAACUCUCGACCUUUGCCGUCUGUGCCGGAGGAGAGGAAGUCCAGAAACAAGAUCAUCUCCAUGUUUGCUUCAGAGAAAGGAGGCAGGAAGAAGGACAAGGACAAGGAUAGACCUGAGAUCUCCUCCCCAUCGGACUUUGAACACACCAUCCAUGUGGGUUUUGAUGCUGUCACUGGAGAGUUCACUGGCAUGCCAGAGCAGUGGGCCCGUCUCCUUCAGACCUCAAAUAUCAGUAAAUCAGAACAGAAACAAAAUCCUCAGGCUGUCCUCGACAUCCUCAAGUUCUACGACUCCACCAGUGGAAAACAGAAAUACCUCAGUUUUUCCGCCUCGGAUAAAGACUCACAGUCGGCGGGCAAGCAGGGUACGGCCACCUCCCAGUCUGGCAAGGACGAUGACGACGACGACGAUACGCCACCUCCAAUUGUGGCCCCACGACCAGAACACACAAAAUCAGUGUACACCAAGUCGGUGAUAGAUCCAAUCCCAGCUCCAGAGGGUGACUCUAAGGCUGACAGGCAGAAAAAGAAGGGAGGAGGCAAAAUGACUGAUGAGGAGAUCAUGGAGAAACUAAGAACCAUUGUCAGUAUCGGAGAUCCUAAGAAGAAGUACACUCGCUAUGAGAAGAUCGGCCAGGGGGCGUCGGGCACAGUUUACACGGCCAUCGAUGUCGCCACAGGUCAAGAGGUGGCCAUCAAACAGAUCAACUUGCAGAAGCAGCCGAAGAAAGAGCUAAUUAUCAACGAGAUCCUGGUCAUGAAGGAGAUGAAGAACCCCAACAUUGUCAAUUUCGUAGAUAGUUUCCUGGUGGGGGACGAGCUUUUCGUGGUGAUGGAGUACCUGGCUGGUGGCUCGCUAACCGAUGUUGUGACGGAGACGUGCAUGGACGAGGCUCAGAUCGCCGCUGUCUGCAGAGAGGUCAUCCAGGCUCUUGAGUUUCUUCACGCCAACCAGGUCAUCCACAGAGACAUCAAGAGUGACAACGUGCUGCUGGGAAUGGACGGAUCCGUCAAACUCACUGACUUCGGCUUCUGCGCCCAGAUCACUCCAGAGCAGAGCAAGCGCAGCACCAUGGUGGGGACUCCGUACUGGAUGGCGCCAGAGGUGGUGACCAGGAAAGCGUACGGACCUAAAGUGGACAUUUGGUCUUUGGGGAUUAUGGCCAUAGAGAUGGUGGAGGGAGAGCCUCCGUAUCUCAACGAGAAUCCUCUCAGAGCGUUGUAUUUAAUCGCCACCAACGGGACCCCCGAGCUGCAGAGUCCAGAGAAGCUGUCUCCUGUCUUCAGGUCCUUCCUGUCGCGCUGUCUAGAGAUGGACGUGGAGAAACGAGGCUCAGGCAGAGAACUGCUGCAGCAUCCAUUCCUGAAGCUGGCCAAGCCUCUGUCCAGCCUCACCCCGCUCAUCCUGGCAGCCAAGGAGGCCAUGAGGAGCAACCGCUAAGUCCCGGGCUCCAAAGAAGAUACCUAACUAACACCAGAAACAUCCAAACAAACCAGCCGGCAUCCUCUACUGGUUUACGUAUGACGAUCGUCAGUAAAGUGCAUCUCCAUUCUCACCAGUUUUUCUGCGCCGAAGCCAUACCUCUCUUACCCUUGUGCCUCGUUCCAAUAGCUGCAUGCAGCCGAGCCGAAUUCCACAUUCGUUGCCGUUGUAGCAUCCAACACCCGCAUCUCACGGAAAGUUAUACCAUUCCUGUAAAGAGGUGGGACUCCAACGUUAUAGUUUUUAGUCUGGUUUUAUACAUGAAACUUUUUAAUGUUAUUUGGUGGUAGAUGGAAAAUGUCCUCAUACCUUCAACCUUCUAGGGGCAGUUUAGAACCCGAAACACGCGCUGCAAUCCAACUCUCUGUGGGGUCUUUUAGAAACUUCGCAAGCCCAUCUGAUGUUUAUACUUCCAUGCAAUGUUUUGUCUUCAUCUCUACCUUAUGCAAUAGAUGCCUUAGUGUGUGUGUGUUGUACCAGAAAAAUACUGUUUGAAAUGAUCUGUUGAACUGGAGGAAGUGUUUUUUUUUGUACAUUAUAAAUUGGUAGUUUCCUGUAUUUUUUAAACGUCUUUUAAGAAGUAUGUAUAUCAUAGUUUUUUUUUUUUGUACCAAUUCAUUCUUACUUCCCUGAAUUGUAUUGAUAAGCCUUGGGAAAUCGAGCCAGACCUGAAUCAAUCAGUUUUAAAUAAGAUUUUAUUCAACGUUUGCUUUAUACCUCGUUUUUCGGCAAAUUUAGACAAUCAGUGGAAAAAAAAUGUAACAUGUACCUUUUCAAGAACCAGUGUGCAGGUUUAAGUUGGAUCUAUUGAGCACCACUACAUUGAACACCACCUCAAACUAAGAAUUGUUUUAGUUUUGUUAGUGUAGCAGGAGCUCUUUAUAGGUUUUAAAAGUCCUCUUCCAUUGGGCCUACCUUGUUCCCAAAACGUAAUAGCCCAUUUUUUAUGUCACUGUAGUUUCUCCCUGCACACUCGGAAAGGGCGAGGGUGAGUGGAGGCGUCUUCAGGUGUUUGCAAUCUGCCUUCUCACCACUAGAGGCCACUAAAUCCUGGUUCACUGGUCCUUUAAAAGAUGCACUAUGCAGUAAAAACCCACUCGUGUGGUGGACACAAACACUCGGUGCUUGCUACUAUCAACAGGCUGGAAUCCUCUGUUAUGUGGCCUUUGACUAGAACACGUUCCAUUUAUACCGUAUGUGUGAUAUGAAUGAUUGAAGAAUUUAAAAGGAAUACAUCAAGGUUCACCAUGAAAACACAACUCUUCUAUUGUCAAAUCAAAUCCAAACAUGUAAAUUAUUAAUAAAGGCGGACCUGAAUAGA